UGAGAGCAAUCUUGGAAGGGAUCAGUUAUCGAGGGAAGUGUGAGGCGUGUGGUUGUCAGUGAAGGCGAAGUCGUCGCAAUGGAUCAGCACGCGAGUGUGGUUGAGACCCUGCUUUCCAGGGCAGAGAUUCCCAUCAUCGACCUGUCCCAUAUGGGUACAGCUGAUGCCCCCUGCAAGUCUACAGUGCGCAGAGUGGCUGCGCAGUUGAAUCGAGCAAUGUCUGAGAAGGGACUGGCUCUGCUGGUGAACCACGGCAUCUCCGACGACAAGCUUCGGGCGGUGUACGAUGCUUUCGACAACUUCUGCGAUCUUCCUGAAGAUGUCAAAAACACAUUUCGAAGGACCUCCCCCUGCAACCAUGGCUAUGUGCCGCCUGGAACGGAAAGAUUCUCAAGUGAAUGCGUGGAAGAAAUGCGACACGCAUUCAACAUCUGUUGGUUAGACCGGAAUCUACCAGAUGCAGAAGUACAAGGAUUCCAGGCUGUGGUAACAACACUGGCACAAGACUUCCAGAAGUUGGCAGCUCUUCUGCUGCGAGCACUUGCUUCAAGUUUAGAUCUGCAAGCCGAAUACUUCCUCGACUCCCAUCGCAACAUGUUUCAGGAGGGGAAUGAAUCCUGUAUGAGACUGCUGUACUAUCCCCCAUUUGGUGCGCCACCCACACCAGGAGUCACACGAUGUGGGGAACACUCGGACUACGGCACAUUCACUCUGCUCGCCCAGGACUGCGAAGGCGGCCUUGAGGUUCAGACAAGCAGCCAUAGAUGGGGUCGUGUUGGCCACCUGCCAGGAUCAAUCCUUGUUAACACCGGAGAGCUACUGGCAUCUUGGACAAACAACAAAUAUCCCGCACUGCGUCACCGUGUCGUGGUCCCUGAGCAACCAAAGAUCCGUUCAAAAGCACGGCACAGUAUAGCAUUCUUCGUGCACCCAGGCAACGACACGCCAAUCACGCCAAUACAGUGCCAAGUGACGGAAGCAGAGCACUGCACAACUAACAAUUGCAUUGUCAAGAACAGCAAGUCCAACCACCCAAAACAAAAUACAAUCUACACGGCAUAUCAACAUUUGCAGAUGCGGUUUCGGGAAACAUAUGCAUCUUAAUGAACAGCAAGUUGUGCGUUUAUGGAAAGCCAAGAACUCAACGGAUAUUUUUCAUAAAGCCACUUUCUUUAUAAAGUAAGAUUAUUUAAUCUGUAUUUUUAUGAAUUCUAAACAAUAAAACGUUCCAUGAAACAUAA